AUGACUAACGCCUGUGUAGAUUGCGAUCGCGACUCAGCCUUUGGCGACGACGAUUACCUCCGGGCUUCAGAGCCCAUGUUUCCCUCCCCCAUCGUUGCAGGCACAAAGCGGGACGCCAAUGAAUUGCGAGAUGACGACCCAAAAUCCAUUCAAACAGCGGGUCUGAGCUCAGAAGAGUACCCUCUUGACCCCCAGCUGUGUUGCAAUAGGUGCCCUGAAAACUGCCCAGAAGCAAUCGAUGUGCGCCCGACAAAACGCAAGGCUUCAGCUGAUAAGGUUGGCGAAUUCCACCAUCCUACUACCACAGAGUCACACCAGGCUACCGAGCCAGACUGCCCCUUCCCAGACGACUCUUUUGAGAAGUUUUGCCAGGAGUGCAAUCUAGAACCAUCUUCUCACUCAGAUUGCUCAGUACCGUGUCCUGCCGACGAUUGCGCCCAAGACGACGCUUGCUUUGACCCUCGAUGCACUCAGAAGAAUGCGCACUGUACCGACAACUGCGUGGACCCAGACUGUACCAAGGUCGCCUCUCCAGACCAACCGUGCUUCUGUCAGAAGUGUAACGCCGCACCUUGUCCAUUGGGUGACCCAAACAACGAAUGUCACUUCGCUCACACCGCUCCUACCCCGGUUGGUACAAUAUACUGUUACGACGAUGCGCCGUGUCACUUUCAGGAAGGGCUCCACAGCCACCAAGGUAGCCUUGCUUCCUUUGAGACUUAUCCUUGCUUCUCUCAAACUCAUGACUACCACCCUGCCGACGACGUCACGACAACAACGUCGAGCGCCCCGACACCAGCACUAUCACACAGCAACUACACCUCGCUAGAAAGUGCCUUCACCACCGAACAAUCACCAGCACCUGGCAAGACAGCCUUUUCACCACACUGUUUUCUCAAUGUUGCUGGGGACCAUUGUCACAUUGACAAUUCGUGUUGCCACGGCCCCCGUCGAGCAUGUGGCGACGCCCCAUCUGCAUCACAACUGCAGUUGGAUUUGUGGGAUGCAUCAGUCGCACAGGGAAACGGGCUAGCCACCAACUUUAUGAAUUUUGGGUUCAAUCCUAGUCUGCCCACUAGCCCCAUCUCAGUCGACCGAAGCUCAAUACAUACCACCAACCCUUUCAGCCUUGGAGACCCUAUCAUGGGCUUCAAUGACCACUCUUGGAUGCUGACGGAUUCCGCGUUCCCAAACGUCUAUCAACCAGCAGGCUCGUUUGGCACUAUGAACAAGCUUGAUUUUCUUGCUUCUGCUGUUCAGAACGAUAUCUUACGUCCAGACACUACGAUUUCUUCAGGUUCAAGUACAGUACUUGGCGCUGCUACAACUGCUACUGGAGAUGGGCAGACAUGUGUUUGUAAAUGGCAACAUGGCCCUGGAAUGCUCUGCCUGGCGCUCUUUGACACACCAGAAGCACUCCACAAGCACAUCAAGACCAUGCACGUGGACAACUGCGCGCACUGCUUCUGCCAAUGGGAAGGCUGUGAUGCCUCUACCAAAGACUUCAAGCAGCGUUCCAAGCUUUCUCGUCACCUCCUUGGCCAUGCUGGUUACCGCCCAUACGCCUGCAGCUAUGAUGGUUGUGACAAGACGUUUGCCACGAACCAAGCCAAGGAUAACCACGAGAGAACACACACCGGCGAACGACCCUAUGUGUGUGAUCGCUGCGGAUACACGACAACCACACAUACACAAUUGCAAACACACAUAAGUGCUCUACACGAGGGCAAGAAGCCGCACAAGUGUCGCUUCUGCGAGUUUACUUGCGCCGACUCGAGCAAUCUGAGUAAACACGAGCGAACGCAUCAGACACUUCGCCCUUACCGCUGUCCACAGGAAAACUGCACCUUCAAACCCGACUGUCGCUGGGAGAACCUGAAGCGCCAUCUCCGCCGCUCGGGUCACUGUCCGCAGCUGCUCAUCGAGACAAGCGACGAGUAUAAAUUAUAUCGCGAGAGCGUGCGCCGCGAGAUUGACGACUGGCAUAAGAGGAACGAGGAUGGUGGGCUAGGCCGGGCGGGAAGGAGAAAGGGUGGCAGGACUGUUAGGUAG